UUAGCCAUGGAGAAUCUUGGUUACAAAGAGGGUUCAGCCAAACCGAGACGUAUGACACGCUCCAUUAGUGUGGUGACCAAAAGUGAUGCUGAACAGCCAUUGGCCGGGAAUAAUACAAAUCGCUUAAAAUCCAUACCGCCCAAUCUAAUGGUCAGAUGGCGUAACAAUACCGAUGCUAUGAUCGAAGCCCAAUAUCCAACACCCGGAGAAUUUGAAUAUAUGGAAUGUGGACCAUCGCCACCGGCUGAAAGUGCACCCAGUAUGUAUGAUAGUUUCGAAGAACCCACCAGUGAGCUGAGCGUACAAAUAUGCAAUGAUACGCUGCGCAUUAGCCUCAUCGAUCAAAUGAAAAAUGCCGCCGGGCGUAUACGCUACUUCGAAGACAUCGAACAGGGAAAUGUCAUUGGGGAUAAUACAAAGACCCAUUUCGAAUCUGCCUCACAAAUUGAAAAGAAUUUAUGUUACUUGUGGUCGGCCUUCUUGAAGAGAUGGGAUCUGUUGCAAAGUCUGCUCGAUAUUGGGGCGGAAUUGAAUUUUUGUGAUCAAAAUGGUAUAUCGGCAUUGCAUUUGGGUGCCUUUAGCGGCUGCCUGUCAACAUUGAAUUUCUUGGUCCAAAAGGGCAUGAAUGUUAAUUUCCAACCGAAAUGUUAUACCCCGCUGCAUUGUGCGGCCUUUGGUAAUAGCACCGAGGCAGCGAAAUAUUUAAUCAAUAAUGGUGCCCAAAUAUCCAUCGAUACGACGAAGCCCAAUUGCGAGGAAAGUUUGCUGCAUUGUGCGGUGCGGGCCAAUGCCCUGGAAUGCCUGCAGUUGUUUAUCAACGAAGGUGCCGAUGUGAACAGCCUGAAACCGAAUGGUACAAAUGCCAUACAUUUGGCAGCGGAUUUGGGUAAUGCCCAAUGUUUGGAGAUAUUAUUGAGAGCCCCGGGUGCGGAUCCCAAUGUACGGAUUUGUAUUCGCGAAAAAGAGUCGACAGCUUUGCAUUUGGCCGCUGAUGAGGGUAAUGUGGAGUGUGUGGAUCUGCUGCUGGCCAAGGGGGCCGAUGCCAAAUUGAAAAAUCAUCGUGGUUUCACGGCCUUACAUUUGGCUGCCCGUACCUCCAGUUUGGAAUGUGUUGAGUCUCUGCUGAGAAAUGGUAAUGCUGAUCCGAAUGCGGAAGAUUUUGAUCAUCGCACUCCGUUACAUGCCGCCAUUGGUAAAUCGGAAAAUGCUUUUGAUAUUAUGGAACUGCUGAUACAGUGGGGUGCCAAUGUCAAUCACAAGGACAUCUAUGGCUUUACCGCACUGCAUUUGGCUGCCCUUGAUGGCCUGGCUCCCUGUGUGGAAAUGUUGAUAUAUCACGGAGCAGAUGUUACCACAAAAUCGAAAAAGGGUACCAGUGCCCUGAAUGUUAUCACACGUAAAACCCCAGCCUCUGUGGCCAUGAUUCGCCAGAAAUUGGAUGCUGCCAUAACUCUGCAUCAUUCCCAAGACCCCGUCAAUCGUGAAGUGGAAUUGGAACUGGAUUUCCGCCAACUGCUGCAACAUUGCCAUCCUCGCGAAAUUAGCUAUUUGAACACCUUCGUCGACGAGGGCCAAAAGGAGAUUUUGGAACAUCCGCUGUGCUCCUCGUUCCUCUACAUAAAAUGGGGUAAAAUUAGAAAAUAUUAUAUAGGACGUUUGAUAUUCUGUUUUAUUUUCGUGAUAUUCCUUACGAUCUAUGUCCUCACUGCCCUGGCCCACAACUGCUACAAUGUCAGCAACAAUGAUAACUCGACCAUACAGGCCCAGGAGCUGUGCCAGUCGCAAUCCAUCCUGGGCGAUAUGUUGCGUAGUAAUCCCUUU